ACGCUCUCGUCGUUGAUUGAUGAGUGUGUGCUUCAAACGCAACCUGACAUGAUUACCACCCUAAACCGGGAACUGAAAAAGCUCAAAAAUGAGAAUAAAGCACGCCCCGGUAGACCGCCCCGACCACCAAACGCAUUCAUUCUUUACCGUACCUCCAAAUGCGCAAGCAUGAACGUGGGAAACGAUGGGAUCCCAAACAAUGAGGUGUCCAAGAUUAUCGGUGAGAUGUGGAUGAAUGAACCUCCGGAGGAAAAACAAAAAUGGCACAAGCUUGCCGAAAGUAAGAAACAAGAACAUGCGAAACAGCAUCCUGACUACCGAUACCGCCCACGCCGCUCCUGUGAGAAGAGACGAAGAACCAAAAGGAGCGAUAGGGAAAAACAAGAGAUGGAAAAAAACAAGAUAACCAAGACAAAAACAAAUAAACCUAAAGAACUCAAGCCUGCUAUCUCGAUCGAGAUCAAAGAAGAACAACCGGUAGAAACUCCGAUGUUCACACCUCCAAUCCUUGAACAACCAGAAGAUAUGAACGAUGCCAACUUUAUGAAUCUAUCAGAAUGGGGUACAGGAUCGGAAAUGCCUGUUGAUGAAUCAGUAUUUGCAAAUGAAUAUUCACAUUUCAUCGAACCUUUAAACACGUAUCUCGAAACCUACUAUCCCUACUACAUGCUCCCGUAUUGA